AUGGCAGGAUUUGAGUUCUCUGCUUUCGAUGAUGAGCUCGUUCUAGCUGCCCCAUUCGUGCCAGACUUGACGGGCGGUGCCGACGUCUUCUUGGCGCAAGCGAACUUCGUCAAUGGGGGAUGCAUUCUUGCGACGGGAUUCCACCAUUCCGCUAGCGACGCGACCGGUAUGGUUAUGGCGAUGCGUGCGUGGUCGGAACACUGCAGAAACCUCGCGCAUCCGGAUACCAACGUGUGCAGCUGGCUGGCUCCGGAGAGCUUCAAUCGCACCCUUCUGGAGCGGCUGUGGAGUAAGACGCCUGCCAAGGCUGUUGCCAAGAUCCCGUGCGAUACUUGGGGCUUUCUCGGCUUUCAGCCGCCAGAUGCGGAGGAGGAAACGGCUACUGCUGCGGCCCCACCUGCGGCCCCGCUCCGGACCAUGGAGUCUAGCAUUUUCUACAUCUCUCCGGACAAUUUCAAGAAAUUGAAGAAGGAUGUUUUAGAUGACUCUCAUGACGGGACGGGACUGUCGGCCAAUGACGCACUCUUGGCGCUUUUCUGGCGCGGUCUCAUGAAAGCGCGAUACAAAGCGGCCAUCGCAUCCGGCCAGCCAGCGCCGGCGGACGAAGUGUCAUACUUGGAAUCUCCCGUCGACGGCCGCACGGAUUUCGACCCAGAGCUUCCGUCGUCGUAUGCUGGGAAUCUCGUUAUUGUCAACAAAGUUCCGAUGCGGGUGGCCGAGCUCGCGUCGCCGUCUACGAGCUUGCGCGAUGUCGCUCUGCAAAUUCGGGCACAGGCGGCCAAGGUGAAUCCAGGGCUUGUGAAGGACGCGUUCACCCUCAUGCGCGAAGUUCCGGACUACACGAAGCUGAAGCUUGCAUUCACCCGACUCGAUGGAUUCGAUGUCAUGAUCACGUCAGUGUUGCUGCUGCCGUUGGAUAAGAUCAACUUUGGCGACUACGUGUUCAGCAAUGAUGGCAAGCCGGAGUCGCUGCGACCCUUGAUGGAUGCCUUCAAUGCGAAUUUUAGGCUUUGCAUGGUGUUGCCGAUGAAGAGUCACGGAGGUAUCGAGCUGCUUAUUAGCUUAUUCGCUGACGAGAUGGAGCAGCUGCUCGCAGACGAGGAGUUUGCAAUGUAUGCUGCAUUUUGCUGUCAUUAG